CGCACGCGCACACGCCUCGGGCGGUGGCAGAAUUCGGCCGCGUGCGCUUUCCCGCUCCAGCCGGCUCGGCGCUCGCUGCACCUCGGGCUGUCGGUUGAUCCUCGCCAGCCCGCUGUCUACGCGCCGUCUCGUGGUUUCGCGCGCCUCUCCUUCUCCCUAGUUUUUUGUAGAGCCCAGGCCACGCCCGUUUCCCGCCGCCAGGGCCUGGUUCGUUCCCGCCCCAGCCCGCCCCUCUCUGAGCUCCUGCUCCUUUUGCUGGAGGCGGAGGCUCCAUGUUGUCCCCUCAGCGAGUGGUAGCGGCUGCAUCGGGAAGAGCAGGUGAUGCUAUGGAGAGUGGAAAGCCUUGUCCAGUGCAGGUUGUUUUGGUUCAGAAAGACCAACAUGCCUUUGAGCUAGAAGAGAAAGCCUUGGCCAGCAUCCUCUUACAGGAACACAUCCGAGACCUUGACGUGGUGGUGGUGUCAGUGGCUGGUGCCUUCCGAAAGGGCAAGUCCUUCUUUCUGGACUUCAUGCUACGAUACUUAUAUUUCCAGAAGGAAGGUGGCCGUUCAAAUUGGUUGGGUGACCGAGAAGAACCGUUAUCAGGGUUUUCAUGGAGAGGGGGCUCUGACCCAGAAACCACUGGGAUCCAGAUCUGGAGUGAGGUUUUCACUGUGGAGAAGCCAGAUGGGAAGAAGGUUGCAGUUGUUCUGAUGGAUACCCAGGGGGCAUUUGACAGCCAGUCCACUGUGAAAGAUUGUGCUACCAUCUUUGCUCUAAGUACCAUGACUAGUUCUGUUCAGAUUUAUAAUUUGUCCCAGAACAUUCAGGAAGAUGAUCUUCAACAGCUACAGCUCUUCACAGAAUAUGGUCGUCUGGCGAUGGAUGAAAUUUUCCAAAAACCCUUCCAGACACUGAUGUUUCUGGUUCGAGACUGGAGUUUCCCUUAUGAAUACAACUAUGGACUACAGGGAGGAAUGUCAUUUUUGGAAAAGCGUCUACAGGUGAAGGAACAUCAACAUGAAGAAAUUCAGAAUGUCCGAAAUCACAUUCACUCAUGUUUCUCCAGUGUCACCUGUUUUCUGCUACCACAUCCAGGGCUCCAGGUCGCGACAAGCCCUGACUUUGAUGGCAAAUUGAAAGAUAUUGCCAGUGAAUUCAAAGAGCAGUUACAGACACUGAUACCAUAUGUAUUAAACCCAGCUAACUUAAUGGAAAAGGAGAUCAAUGGCUCGAAAGUCACCUGUCGGGGGCUAUUGGAAUAUUUUAAGGCAUAUAUUAAAAUUUACCAAGGAGAAGAUCUGCCUCACCCCAAAUCCAUGCUUCAGGCCACUGCUGAAGCCAACAAUUUAGCAGCUGCAGCCUCUGCCAAGGACAUUUACUAUAAAAACAUGGAAGAGGUUUGUGGGGGAGACAAACCUUAUUUGUCUCCAGACAUUCUACAGGAGAAGCACUGUGAAUUCAAAGAAGUUGCUCUGGACCAUUUUAAGAAGACAAAAAAGAUGGGUGGGAAGGAUUUUAGCCUUCGUUACCAGCAGGAGCUGGAGGAGGAGAUCAAGGAACUCUAUGAGAACUUCUGCAAGCACAAUGGUAGCAAGAAUGUCUUCAGCACCUUCCGAACACCUGCAGUGCUCUUCACAGGCAUUGUGGCUUUGUACAUAGCCUCAGGCCUCACUGGCUUUAUUGGUCUUGAGGUGGUGGCCCAGUUGUUCAACUGUAUGGUUGGCCUGCUGUUAAUAGCGCUUCUCACCUGGGGGUACAUCAGGUACUCUGGUCAGUAUCGUGAGCUGGGCGGUGCUAUCGAUUCUGGUGCAGCAUAUGUAUUAGAGCAGGCCACUUCUCACAUUGGUAAUUCCACUCAGGCUGCUGUGAGGGAUGCAGUUGUUGGGAGACCGUCCUCGGAUAAAAAAGCUCAAUAGCAUCUUAACAAGACGAUCCUACAAGACCCCGGCCAGCCCCUUCUGAUUUCUGGGCUUCUGCCCCGGCCACAGGUCCAGGUCCCGAGGAACGCAGACCUGGGACCAUCUGGGAAGAGCUGGAACACGGCACUAAUAAAUGAACAGACCUUUCCUGUGGUUUCAAAUUCUUAAACACACUUCCAUUUCUCUUGGAAGCAUUUCUUUUCCUUGCUGGUAUAGAUCCAAGCCUAUGUCUGUCUUCUUAUUACUCUCUGCUUUGUGCACUUUAUGGGGAAAAAGCUAAAAGAAAAAAUGGAAAUGCGGUUUUGUCCUUUAUGUGCCAUUUAGUGCCUUUUAAGGUUGAAUCCAUGCUUUUGAGGACGUAAUAGGGAGGGGAUUGAGGAUAACCACAUGAAAGAUGCUGUUUUGGUGAAUUAUCAGUUCUUUUUUGUACCUUACUCUUUUGAAAAGGAUUUUUUUUUUUUAAGUUUACAAAACUUGCAAAAGCUUCAGAACUAAAGACUGACUAAAAAUGAUGCCAUAACACUUUUAAAGUCUUAUAAUAUUAGAGAAUUGUUUUUGCCACAUAGUAUGGAAAAAUUAUAUCGUAUUUAACUCUACCGUACACUGAAAUUUAAGGUCUGUUUCCUGACAGGCUGGCAGUUUUGUUAGAACAUACGCUGUUUUUUUUUUUUUUUUUGCCUUCAUUCAUUCCUAUAGCUUCUUUCUAGAAAAGAGACAAACGUGGCUUGAGAAACCAGAGCAGCUUGUAAUAAAAGGAAUGAGCUUUCAUACUUUAAGAAAAAAGUGAAAUGAACCAUGUAACCUCUGAUAACUCAUUUGAACUUGUGCCUUGGUCAGAUUCACUGAUUGUAGGUUUAUAUACAUAUAUGUAUUAUACAUAACUCACACACAAUUGUCAUUUGAGAGUUUUUGUUUUUUAGAGUUCUGUAUGAGAACAGAACUUUAUCAAGGAUUAGAGGAAAGACAUUUACCAAACAUAACUGCCUUUAACUGGCAUCCUAUUUCAUGUGGUUUAGCAGUAAAUCAGGUCUUUAUCCACAAUGUUUAUUUGCAUUCUCCUAUUCACUGUCUAAUAUUUUUAAUAAUGGAGCUAAAACUGUCAGUUUUAUUGAAUCAUCCUUUAUUUAACUUUAUACAUGACUAGUCUGGUAGCUUUAAAAUAGCUUUGGCUUAGUAAGGACCAAAGUCCCACCCAAAUAUGGACAUAUAAUAUCUAGAAGUAUCUAAGAAUUCUUCUUCAUUUACCUUGAUCAUGUGAUAAAAAACUUUAUCAGUUGCCUUUUCCUUUGGUUUUAUAAUGGUGAAUUGUUGUGGAUUUUAAAACUUCAUAAAACUUGCCUGCGGGUAUUUAUAUAAACAUUCAGGUAUGUGAGCCUUAAUUCUUAAGAUAAUUUAACUUUUGCUGUGGGAGGGAGGGAGGUAGGGAGGCUUAGGCAAAUUCUGAGUGUAAAUUCUUUAUACGUGAAGUAUGAAUGGAAGGUAGAAAAAGUCUCUUCUAGCAUGUAAUCUCUGUCAAAGAAUAUUUCUCUUGACUGUUUUAACACUUUACCACUCAAGUAUUUUUACAAGUUCUGAAUUAAUUCCAAGUGUUUUAUGUAUUUUUUCAUAUUUACAUACCAUCUUGCCCUGAAGUUCUUGCUAUUUUAUUCAGCUGUGGUUAAAUUCUAGAAAAAUUCCAGCUUGUCCUAAAAACCGUUUACUUGCAUAUCAGUGAUACUUAGCUUUAUUAUCAAUAAAUUAAAAGCUUAGUUUUGAAAUUUUGGUGCAUUUUCAGGUGGCCUCUCAUCUUCCUGAAGGUUGAUACUUAUUUGCUAAAGGCCUUACAGAUGUUGAAAUACUUAGCUUUUAAUGCAUUUGUAUAAGCACGUUUAUAGAUUUCAGAAAAAUUGUCUAGAAUUGUCCUACUUUUAAUGGUGAGAAAGGAUGCUGUGUUUAAAUUUUAUUUUAAUACUAAAAUAUUAGAUUUUUUAAAACAAAAAAAUAUAUGAUAAUGUAUGAUUUAAUGAAAUCUUAGAAUUUAGUUACUGUUUAAAUCCACCAUUUCUGUUUUGAUCUUAAAGGAAUAACUUUGUUUAAUUACCCUGGGGAACCCUUAUUUUUUUGUCUUUAUCAGUUAACUUAUUCUGCCUCUGGAAAUUGUUUAUAAAAUUUUCUCAGUGAGGAUUUUUAUGAGUUUCCUUUGGCCUCUUUUUUUUUUAAACAGAAAAUUGAUGAUUUUAUGUCAGCUUUCCCAAUAAAAGGUACAUUCUCAUUGCUGGCUAUAAAUAGUCUUGGGGAGGUUUAUAACCAGGUUGAAAGGAAUGCCUUUUACCCCUUACCUUCCCUCAGCUGUUAGUUUGUGGGUCAGGGACAUUACUUAGGACUAAGUUUUUGCUUGGUGUUUGUUGCUCUGCCACUCCUGCCUUUCCAUGCAAGCAUUUUUUUUUUUUUUUUUUUGCGGUACGCUGGCCUCUCACUGUUGUGGCCUCUCCCGUUGCGGAGCACAGGCUCUGGACGCGCAGGCACAGCGGCCAUGGCUCACGGGCCCAGCCGCUCCGCGGCAUGUGGGAUCCUCCCGGACCGGGGCACAAACCCGUGUCCCCUGCAUCGGCAGGCGGACUCUCAACCACCACUGCGCCACCAGGGAAGCCCAUGCAAGCAUUUUUAAUUUGCACAUUCCUAACAGUAUAUGGGGCACAUUCCUAUUAACAUAUAAAAGGUUUUCAGAAUUUUCUAUGAAAAUACUUCAUUUUAGGAGAGGUUAAAUAUUGUUAAGUUUUUUGUUUUCUUAAUGCUUCCAGUUAGCUUCUAAGUAAAAAUAAUAGAAUCAAAAUUUCGAUUGUUUUACUGAGGUGUGUAGACAAAAUGAGGGAAAACUAUCAUGUAUGGUGAUAAAAUAUCCUUAGAGUCAUAACCUUAUUUUAGCAGUAUACCAAGAGAUGUUAGUCCCGCAGAGGUUUAUAUAGUAACAGCUACUUCAUACUUGGUAGAGUUGCCUGUGAGUAUUGUUUUUGUUUUACCUGGUUUUUCUUUUUUUUUCUCUUUCGUGAAGUAAAAUGCUUAUGCGAACAAACAAACUGCCUUGUACUGGCAGUGCGUAUCUUUAACAGGUCAUACCCAGCGUUCCACCUGGCUUAUGAAAAUGGUGUCUUGGAUGGGGUGAGUUUGGAUGAGUAUGUAUGUACGUAUGAGUUACAGAGAAAUUAAGUAGUUGAUUUAAGUCCAGGCAAAAGCGAUUUAAAAAGUUUUAUUUUUCCCUAGAGUAUUUUUUUAAAAAUAAUGUAGCAUAUGGACAUCUGCAUAGAACUAUUGAAAUGUAAUUUAGGUUUAUUUAGGAUGGCAGCCAUCUAAGGUCGCCAACAUGGGCUGCAUCAUUCUGGCUUACCUUUAGAUCCAACAAAAUUUUAGUCAAGAAUAAGGGCACGAUGAAGACAAGCUUCAGUUACUAAAACACAAACUGUUUGUGUAGGUGGUGUUUUAAAAUGACACUCAAAAGCCCAUUUGUAAGAGACCAUUUUGCAUUUGAAUCGUUUUCCUUCUGUUAAGUCCUGUUGUAGCUAUGUUUUGGAUAGUGGUUCUCGUCUGUCUUGAAGUGCAUAAAACUUACCUCUGGGAGGCAUAUUUAAAGAAAUUCAAAUUCCCAGCUUUAUACCCAGGGAUUGCCUCAGUGGGUCUGGGUCUGGGUUGUGGCCCUGGAAUCACCACUUUUAAAAACAGCAUCACAGGUGGUUCAGAGACCACAGCGAGAGAGACUGCUCGGAGGGAUGGGAGAGUGCAAUUCAGUAUAUUGUCUGGAGGCAUGUGGAUGGCUUUUGCCUGAGGUUCAGAGUAGGUGGUCUACUGCCAGAUACAAUCACUGAGAGUUUACAGUGUUCAGAGUAAAAAGGAUGCCUUUAGUCUAGAGGAUUAUCUAAGCUCUGUGAAAAUGUUUUCUAAAUUAGGAAGCCCUAGUGCCUUCUCAGAGAUGAAUGUACAAGUAUCCUAUUUACUAACGGGUGUAAUUAGGAUAAAAAAAAACUAUUUUGAAAGUUGUUUUUCUUUUAUUAAAAAGCAAAAUUCAGCACUGUGACUUGAACCUCUAAAUCUUUUAUGCACAGAAAACCUUAAGCCUAAGUAAAAAUGAACAAAAAGGAAGGAGAAGAUCAUAACUCUGAAAAUUAGCCACAAAAUAGCCCUUACCAGGGACUUUCAAGAUAGAUCUAAGGGCAGAAAGAUUUUAGAAGAAAUUUUUCUUCCUGGGAAAGGAAUUUCAGGUGCCAGAACUAAAAUUUAAAUGUAGUGUUUUAUGACCAAGGGAAGGUUGCAUUUGAUUCCCAAAGUUUCCAAUUUAGAUGAAUAAAUGCUAUCAUGGACUUAAGCCUUAAAGGAGUUAAUUUUGAGCAUAUAUAGAAUUUCCUCUCUGAUUUCUUUUUCUUCAAAAAAAAUAAUUUGUUCAAAGCACUUUCUUUCUCCUAGACCCUUUUUGAAUGGCUUUAAAAUUUAAUAUACUUUUUUAAAAGUGCAAUGGAUU